GUUCUGUAUUUCAAGGGAAAGAAUAAGAAGUUAUACUCAUGUUAACAGAUGUCUCUUGGUUGCCCUUCUCGUUGUGGUUGUUCUUACGUCGUGUUUCCCCCCUGAAUUUCCUCUUUACAUUCACGCACUUAUACAUUUUCUUGGACAGCGUCGUGACCGCAACAAUGACAUUUGGUCGCAGGGGGAAUGUGAUGUUUCGUAGAAAUAUCCCAUUCACACAAAUGGCCUUUGCUGCAUUACUUGGAGUGGCUGGUGGUUUCUAUAUCUACAGACCUCUUUUUCAUGAAACUGGGCAAAAAACAACAACGCAGCCGAACCAAGAUGUGAUACUGAAAGAGGAUUCAAGUGCUGGAAAAAAAUCCUCCAGCUAAAGGGCAACAAUGCACUAAACCAGCAAAGCAAUCAACGUUUUUUCAGUAUAUUUGGACUGGAGUGAUUGUAAAUGAACCGAAUAAAAUUAUUUAUGAUA